GUUGCAACCUGCCAUUCCACCAGUCUUGCGGGGUGCCCCACCAACUUGGAUGGACUCCACGGCGACCCCGCGGGCUUGGCUCCUUGGGCUGUACGUGCCCCUCGCAGUAUUGGGGGUGUACAGACUGUGGCUCAAUUGGAUUCGCGACCGCGCAGCUGUGGCGUUGUACACAUGCAUCAUUGUCGGAUCGGUCGGAGAGGUUUCCAGUGCGCUACUCUUGCCGCCAAGCCCACAAUCUUCUGCUGCGGCGAUGCUUGGAGAUAACUGCUUUGUCGCAGCAUACCUGCUCAUCAUGUACAAUUGGUCCGUAAUUGCAAAACGGAUGGACGAGUUGCGCACGACGACUGCGCCAGUUGCAGUCAUCGCAUAUGUGACCAUGUCGGGUCUUGCGUAUACAAGCGACACCGUUGUGUUUGGUGCUGCCAUGGCUUUUUCUGCUAGUGGAAGCAUCAACUCGUCAAUCGCGAGCCACGCCACCGACUCUUUGUGUUGGCUACGCUCGGCUACCCAAGCCGGUGUGGCGGCUGUGUCGGUGCUUGCCGUCGGGCUAUUUCCGUACUACGGCCACCGCAUGCGCAACGUAUUGCAACGUGUUGGCGAAGACUCCCCCCGGCGUAUGCGCAACAUCGCGUCGAUCGCCGUCACCGCUGCGGUGUACUUUGCAUGCCAAGGAGCGGAUCACAUCCGAUCGACGCUUCACGUGGCGUCGACCUGCAAAGGCGACACAACUCGCGCCAUCUCGUCGCCGCUGCAGAAUCUCGACGUGAUCAAACCCUUGUGCGUGCUCAUGCUUCUCGUGUUCUUGCCACGGAAACCAGCCCCCUCCAAAGCUGGCUACGUCCGGCUAGGAUCGACUAAUGCCUAACAUCCUUCGAUGUACCUUCA